AAAAAAAAAGGCAUGGCAACGAGACCAGCCGGUCCGCCGCCGACCAAAAAACGGCGCCGCGAGCCCGUCAGCGUCGACCGCAAGCAGAUCGAGAUCUACGAGGACCUGGCCGCCGAGACCGACGCCGUCCGCCUGAAGGCCGCCGCCGCCCUGGUCGCGCAGUUCACCCCGGACCAGAACCCCCCCGCCGAGGCGGUGGACCGCGCCCUGGCGCGGUUGUUCCGCGGUCUGUGCAGUAGUCGCAAGGCGGCGCGCGUGGGGUUCUCGAUCGCGUUGACGGAGGUGUUGGUGCAGGUUUUUGGGACUGCCGCCUCCGGGCAACAGGGGAAGAAGGAUGUCGGGGCGGUGUUGGGGGUUUGGGAGCGGUUGACAGAUUCGGCGGGCGGGGAGUCGGGGCAGGAACAACGCGAUCACUACUUCGGGCGUCUGUUUGGCGCGGAGGCCAUCAUUAAAUCCGGCAUCCUUUUUGGGGACGGGGCUGGCGCUGCUGCUGCGCCCGCGGAGUGGACCCGGCUGCUGGACCGCGUGUUCGAGCUGGCGAAGAAGAAGCCGUGGCUGCGCGAGGAGUGCGGUUGGAUUGUGUAUCGUUGUGUUCUGGAUCUUGCUACCUCUCGAAAGAGCGAGGGGAAGAAGGAGCAGGUGAAUGUGGCGUUGGUGGAGGUCGCGCUCGAGCGGCUGUGCGCCCACGACCUGGCCAGAACCCCCGAGGGCGUCGCCGUCUGGCUCGCGGCCAAGGAGGCCUUCCCCUCGGCCAAGUUCCCGGCCAAGGUUUGGAAGCAUGAGGAUCCGUUGGAUGCCAAGGAAAGGGUUUCCCUGGGCAAGGUGAUGAAGGACUCGUCGGAUUCGAGUGCCAGCUCCAGUGCCAGUGAGGAUGCGGACGGCCAGAAGAAGGGUUCCUCCGGUGUCUGGAAUUCCAAGUUGCACUUCGCCUGGGAUGUGGUUCUGGGCCGGUUGGCGCAGGUGCCUAAGGCUAAGACUAAGGGCGAGUCUUCGAGGCUCGGGUUUGCCGAGUUCUGGACCGAGGUUGUGGAUAAUGGUUUGUUUGCCGCGGCUUCCUCCGAAGAACGCAAGUACUGGGGGUUCUCGCUGUUCAUCAAGGUCGUCACCGAGAGUCCGCAAGCCGUGGCGGCCCAGACGUUCACCAAGAACCUGGUGCGCUGCCUCAUGAACCAACUGGCCGUCGAGGACCGCUACCUGCACCGCAUGGCCGUCAAGGCCGCCAAGUCCCUGCAGACGCGCGUGGCCAAGGAGCCCGCCUUCGCCGCCGCCGCCGUCCGCGGCCUGAUGGGGCCCGCCACCGGCGGCUCGGUCACCUUCGACCAGGCCACUAAGACCAAGACCGUGGAGAAGAUCGUCGUCGAGGCCAACGUCGACGCCCUCAAGGAGAUCGUCCCCCUGUUCGAGUCGCUGAUCGCCGCCCCCUGCGGCCCCAACGAUGGCAAGACCGCGGCCGCCAGCCGCCAGUUCCUGGCCGGCUUGCUUCUGGCCAUCGUGCGUGCGCGCGCGUCCGCGGACAGCAAGGAUGACGACACGUACAGUGUGCUCGAGCAGAUCCUCUCCAUCUUCGUCCGCUUCGCCUACUUCAAGGACCCGGCCGUCAGCCCCGCGCUCACCGAGCAGACCCAGGAGCUCUUCCGCAGUCGCAUCAACUCCUGCAUCAACAGUCUGAUCGCCACCGCCCGGUACGCCUCCAUCCCCUACGCGGUGGUGCGCCAGAUCCGGGACCUGGCCAAGUCCGAGGAGCGCGGCAAGUUCAUCGUCAGUAUGGAUGAGACAAUCAGUGGCGCGGUCAAGAAUGCGUUCAAGUCGCUGAAGAAGCUGGCGAGUAUGAAGAAGGAUAACGCGGCGAGCGUCGACGCGUUCCGGCUGCUGUACUCGUUGACGAUUCUGCAGGUGUACAACGGCGACGCGGACGCGGCGUCGAUGCUGGAGGAGUUGGAUUUCUGCUACACGCAGAUCUUCGGCGAGGAGAAGAAGGAGAAGAAGAAUUCCAAGGGCAAGAAGGCGGAGGACGAGGAGGACGAGGAGAACGACGAAAAGACCUCCGAUGCCUCGGACGCCCUGGUGGAGAUCCUGCUCAGCUUCGCGUCCAAGCAGUCGCAGCUCUUCCGGCGCAUGAGCGAGCAGGUCUUCGGGGCCUUUGCCGAGAGCAUCACCGAGAAUGGCCUGGAGUCGCUGACCUCCAUCCUGGAGGCCAAGGAGAGUCUGGCGGGUCAGCAGGAGAUGUUCGACCAGCAGGACGAGGACGGGGACGACGCGGACAUGAUGGAUGUUGAUGGUGACGGUGACGGUGACGAGCUCGACAGCGACGUCGAGGUCGUUGAAGCCGGUGACUCUGCGGCAUCCUCUUCCGACUCGGAAGUCUCGGAGGACGAAGGCAACGACGACGAGGAGGCGAUCUUCGAAGCCAAACUGGCCGCGGCGCUGGGCACGCACCGGCUGGACGCGGACAUGCCGGAGGCCGAGGAAGACUCGGACGCGGACAUGAACGACGACGAGAUGGAGGAACUCGACGAGCAGCUCGUGAAGGUCUUCCGGGCGCGCCGUGACGCCCUCGGCCAGAAGAAGGACAAGAAGGACGCCCGCGCCAACAUGGUGCACUUCAAGAACCGCGUGCUGGACCUGCUGGAGAUCUACGUGAAGAAGUGCCACGCCAAGCUGCUGGCCCUCGAUCUGCUGCUGCCCCUGCUGCGGCUGACCCGCAAGUCGGCCAACAAGCAGAUCUCGACGCGCGCCGCCACCGUCCUCCGCGAGUACACCAAGCAGUGCAAGGGCGCGACGGCGCUGCCUGCUAUCCAGGAGGAGGACGUGGACAAUGUGUGGGAGCUGCUGAAGUCCAUCCACACCGAGGCGACGCACAGUGGGCCCCCCGCGCACGCGACGGCGUGCAGCCAGGCGAGCUUGCUGGUGGUCAAGGUGCUGGUGGCGCAGGAGCGGGGCAACGUGGCCCGCGUCGUGGAGGUGUAUGGCGAGACGAGGACGAAGCAGCUGCUCAGUCGCAAGUGUCAUGUGCAGCCGUCGUUCUUUACGGAUUGGAAUAACUGGUGUGUUUCGUUCGGGAAGACGAAGAAUUAG